GUCUGUACAGCGAGUGAAAAUGGCGUCUGAUAAUGAAGCAUCUUGUGUUUGUGACCCAAAUUUUGCAGUUAUUUGCUCGUUUCUAGAAAAGUUUGCCAAAUCAUGUGGAAUUACAUAUCCAAAUUUCAUGGAUCUUCAGGAAAUGUUGGAAAAUUCUCAAGAAGUUUCUCAGCCAUUGGUAGACCUUCACGUGAAAUUACUGAGGAAGGCUCGGAAAUCUGUAUCUGGAGAACGCUGGGAACGAGCACUAAUAAAGUUUUGUCACUCAUAUUCAAACCAGGACGGCUGGGAAGUUGAAAGAUUUGGAUAUAAGAAGGCUCGUCUUGCUGUGAAACUACGAAUCUUAAAGAUGCUACUAGAACUUCAGUUUGAUUUGAACAGCAAGUUCAAGACAGAAGUGAAUCGUCUAAGUGCUGAGGAACUACGAUCACAGUCUCUUGGUAGGGACAAACUAGGGCAGACAUAUUGGUGUCAACUUGAUGACGAUUGCAAUCUCCGAGUCUACCGAGAGGACUUGGAUGAUGAAACCUGGGAGGUGGUUGCAAGAGACCGGGAGGGGUUGGUGCAGCUAAUCUCACAGUUAUCUUCCAGUGACCCAUUUCGUAAUGGUCCUGAUGCAGUUCUUAAUGAAGAUAGCAACAGUUUAGAGAUUGAAAAUCCUAUAACAGAUACUGGACAGGUAAUUGAAUCACCCACUGCUGAUGAAAAUGAGGAGGAAGAUUUUGAAGAAAUUGAAGAGGAGGAGGAUGAUGGGGAGGAGAAUGAAGAGAUGAACGAGUCUGACAAAAAACAUCAGAAGGAGCUAAAAGGAUGUUUGGGGUCUGAGCCGUUAAAUUUUCAAAGAAAGAGUGGCAAAGUUACGACGUCUUCAGAGAAAGAAACAAAGAAUGAUAACAAUAAUGAAGUUCCAUGUUGUAAACUAAAUGCUGCUCCUAUUGAUAAUACAGAUGCUGUAUGUGGGAAGCCAGUUCAGGAGCAACAAAUUAUAAGGUUAGCAGAAAAUGCAUCAAACAGUGAAUUGGCAGAAGAAAGAAAGAAUUUUUAUCAUCCUGUUAUUAAUGCUGAAGCAAAGAAUGAUCAGGAAUCUUCAGAAACUUCUAACAAAGAUGUUAAUACUGAUAAAUCAAAGCAGGUUGAAUCAGUGGUUAGGGAUACAAUUAAGGUGGCUGAAUCUCUGAUAUCAGAAAAUAUGUUAUAUGUGGACGUAAACAAACCUUUAACAAGUGAAGGACAAGAAUCUGGAAACUGUAGUACAGCAGUUUCUAAGAGGGAUACACAUGUGCCUGAUAGCAAAGCAUCGUCAGACAUUGUUCCUUCUGAGAAAGAUAAAUUAUUCAACAGAGAUUUGGAGCAGGGAGAAGAAACUGCGACAGUUAGAGAUAAAGACGAAGCAUCUAAUGCAGACAGAACAAAUGGCAUGAAGCUUUCUGCUGGAACCAGUGUGAAGGAUGAUGGAUUGACAAAAUCUGUGCAGAGUGUAUUAUUAAGGCCAGUUGAGAAGUUAUUUUCUUUAGAUAAAUGUACAAAUUCUAGUAUAUUGGAAGGGACUAAGACAUUGAGAGAUGAUAGGGAGAUGAGCGGAAAUUCCACGUUCAGACAGAUUUAUUUUACUUCCAUGGAACAGAGAGGAGGUCAAGAGCUUGCAGGAAAAAUAUCUGUACCUAUAAGGAAGGUGCACUCAAUUGAGAAGGCCAAAGAUCAGCACGAACACAAAUCAAGCAAUGAACGAACAAGAGAGGAUAUGGAAAGAGUUACAUUUAAAAUGAAAGAGUUACAAAGUGAUGUAAGUCAUGAUAAUACUAGGAGUACAGAUCCAGGAAAGAAAGAUGGAAUCAGAGAUUCAACUGUAGACACAGAGGAACAUCAAGAGGAAGGAAUUGAUCUCAGCAUGUCAGCAACUAAUGCUUCAAUGAGUGGAGGUGAAAAUAAAUGUUUGGAUUUAAGUGGUAAGAAAACAUCUGGAAGCUAUCAAAAUGAAAAGAUAAAUAAUGUGUUGCAAUCAAACAUCCAAUUUAAAGAUCAAGACGUAGUCUGUGAUUUGAGUACUACAAAAUCAACAGAUAAUUAUGUAGUACAAAGGGAAGCGGUAAAGCAUUCCAUAAAUUUAUCUAGUAAGAACAGUGGUAGAAGAAGCCAAGGUGAAGCAACUGAUCUUAGUACAAAGAGAUCAAGUACAUCAUACAUUGACUUUUGUAAAGAAAAGAGAUUUGAAAAUGUCUUAAACAUUGAAAAAAGUUCUGCUUUAAGUAUGAUUUCUGAGAUGUAUAUGGCUGAUAAAUCCAAAGAAACUGCUACAAGUGGAGGAACAAAGAGAGAUUUAAAUGAUACAGAAGCCUUAUCGCUAGCAAAGAAGCCACGGUUGGAAGAUUCAACAGCAACAAGUGGAGGUGCAAUAGAAGUGGGAGAAGCGGUGGAAGAACCAUUGAUGUUGGUCCGAGGAGAUGGUUUGGGGAAGGAUUGUAAAAUGGGAAAUUCAGAAAGGAGAAAAGAUGGCAUAGGUGAUGGAGAAGUUGGAGAGGCUAUAGAAGAACCAUUGCUUUUUGUUUGGGGGGAAGGAUCAGGUAAAGAUUGUGAUACAGGUAACCCAGGAAAAGAAGCAGAGAAAAAUGAGAAAGACAGGUGCCAGAAUGGCCAGGAAGAGAGCGGUGGAGGCAGUUCUUCACUUGUUUGUGAUAUGAAAAAUCUUUCUGUGAAUGAAGGUGCUAACAGAAAGCAGGAAGAUGUAUUAAGAAAGGAACUUCAAACAGAAGGUACUAAAAAUACAAAUAUAAUAGAGUGUGAUGAAAGAACAGAAGAAUCAGGAGAGUUGGUAAUGAAAGCCUCCUUUGAUAGUAGUUUUCCUCAUGGGAUUAUGAAGGUAGUUCCUACAGCCUCGGCUUCAAGUGAGCUGGAAGACAAAGAUUCUGCUCCAAAAUCUGAUUCAUUUCUAGAAGUAUCAAGAGGCAAUACUUGUAUGUCCAGUUCAGCUUUAAACCCCAAAGUUGGAGUGAUGGAUAAUAUUCCAGCAAGCAAAGAAUGUCCAAAGAAUUUCUCUUCUGAAGCAAAUUCAUAUGAAACUGUUUCCUGUUCUCACACAGAUUUAGGUGGUACUCCAGUUCAUAAAUUGUUAGAAGUUCAUAAACUGCAGAGUAAAGAAAGAAGUCUUACUAAAUGCCAUGAAGAAUUGCAAGAAACCAGGAAAAAAGAGACUGGAAACAUGGUAAUUCCAGAGAUUUCAAAUAUAAAUUCGUGUAGUAGCAAUGAUGGCAUUCAAGUUGAGAUGGCUGUUCAAGAUAAGGGAAUGAAGGAAUCAAUUAAUACAAAAUUAAAGCAGUUUCAUUCAUUAGCAUCUCAAAAUGAUUUAAGAAACAGUGACAGUAAGUGUUCAUAUGUUACAAAUAGUGAUGGAAUAAACACUGCAAUUCCAAGUAGUUCGGUGGCAGAUGCUGAUGGAACAGUUUCUAGGAAAGAACCAGAAAGCACAGAAAAUGAAGGCAUGGAUAUUGAAACAUCAAGUGGGGACUGUCCAUCUCAGUCAAGGCAAAUUGAAAAACCUGGUGUGGAUGUUCAAGUGUCUUCCAGUGGGACUUCAGGUCUUUCAUUCUGUGGAAGGGAUGAUCAUGCUUUAACAACACAAAAUGAACAAAAUAUUGAAACUAAAGGGAAUGUGUGCGAGGAAAUUGUUAGUGAGGAUUAUGUAAAGAACAUUAAACUACCACUAAAGGAGCCAACUGUUAAAGAGGAACCAACAGCAAAGAGUAAACUUGAGCUAGAAGUAGAAGCCAUUAGACAAGAAAAGGGCUCUGAUCUUAAGUCACAGGAUCAGUGUGAGACAUCUUCCACUUUAGGAGAGUCUAUGGUGAAAAGUACUCAACAAAUGUCUGUUGAGAGAGCAGGGAACAAGGGAGGUUUAUUAGACACCACCUUUAAAGUAGAUAAUCCAAUGUUGGUUGACGUAACACACUGUGACUCACUCAAAGCAGCUGAAUUUCCCAUAUCCGUCUGUGGAACAGAAUCUUUAAAAUCAUGUGACAAACCAACUGUUCCGCCAUUCUUGGAAAAGAAGAUAGAUUUUACCAAAGCAGUAGAACCACCACGUAUCAGUGGUGUGAGUUCUGCAGUCUUUGUUUCUGAUACUCCACCUUUGAAACACGGUAUCAACACUGAGUCUGACAGAACAAAGUUAGAACCCACUAAAUACAGUGAAGCACCUUUGCCUGUAACUAAAAGGUUUCUUCAACAGACAAUUAACACAAUAAAUUCUUCAGAUAAUUUUUCAGCGGUGUCUCCAGAUUCAGUUAAGUUAGAGGUACCUUCAAAAAUUUCUGCAAUGAAAACACCGCCAAAACUUUGGAGCAUAGAAACUAUAUGUGCUCCUGAUCCUAAAUCAAAAGAGGCAAUAUGCAGUCCUCAAAGUGAAGAUUCAUACAGUAAUACUGGUUCAGUUUUGAAAUCUGCUGAUACUGGUUCCUCCCAGAAACCAGAAGUGUCAGGACAUAUUACAAAACCCAAAUGGUCUCUUGGUGUUCAGGUUAUACAGAAAUCUAUAGGCGAUACUUCCAGUCCAAAGAGGACAUCAAGGUGGGAUGUUGGAAAACCUGAUGAUACCAAGGCAGAAGCAAGUGACAAAAAAGGUAUUAUCGAAACUAAAUCGCAAAAUCUGGGGGAGACGUGUGUAUUAACAGAAAAAGGCAACCAUAAGGUUACUGCUGCUGUUCAUCCAACAAAGGAUUUAGAAUUUAGAAGAGUAAAGGAAAAUGAUAUAUAUGGCAACAAACUAGAUCAUGUCAGUUCUUCAUCUGAAAGCAAGUUUUCCAUAAGCACCUCAAAUAUUGUGACUGGCUUAGAGAUUGAGGAGAAAGUAUGUACAAAAGAAGCUACAUCAGGCAGCCACAAUGUAGGAAAUGGAAGUAGUAAUACUGUAGAAAAAUCUGUUGCCCGAGACACUGACAGCUCACUCUUCUGCAGUAACAGCGUAGACUCAAAAUUUGAUGCUGAGUCAUCUGUAAUGUUUGGUAAACACAUAAAUACAGAACAUAAACCCUACAAUGAAAAAGAUCAUCAAGGAGAUGCUGUGCCAUCAGGUAAAACAAAAUCUGUGCUUCCUCUUUGUGCUCAAAGUGUCGAAAAGCAUUCUAGUUUUUCUCCCCAAAAGUCACAUAAUAGUAAAACUGAAGUUGCUGAAACUGUGUUAUCUGAUACUUCUCCAGAAAAAUUGUCAUUAACAGGAAAUGAACCAGUUGUUUGCAGUACACAAAAGAGUAAUAUUGAUGCUACAGUUUUAUCAGACCAAAGUAUUAUUGAAGUAGAGAAAAAACCUGUACAGCAAUUCUUUUUUGGUCCUGGUUGCUUGCAGUUUUCAGAUAAAAUUGAGUCAGUAACAGAUAAAGUGGUAGUAUCCGUGAUGGCUGAUAACAAAUCUGCAAGGACUGGAGAAACUACCAAUAACAAAACUGGCGAGAAAUCUGUCAAUCUUACAAAAUCUACCGAAGUUAACAUGGAGAGGAAAGUGGUUCAAGGCAGUAGCAACACAACUUUUGGAAAAGAAAAGGACGUUAAUAUGGAUAAAGUGGAGAGAAAACCAGCGGAUCCUCCUGAAAGAAACAUUGGAAAGGUUAUUGAUUUUUUAACUCAGAAAAAUGUUGGAAAAACUGUGGAUAAUCCGAGUGACUUAGCUAAAUAUGUAAGUAUUACCACAGACAAAUCUGUUGAAAAAACAAUGGAUGUCACCACUGAGCGAAGUAUUAAUAAGGUUACUGGUAUUUUAACAGAAAAGUAUGCCAGAAAAGCGGAAGUGACAAUUUCAGAAAAAAUUAUUGAUAAACCUAUGGAUACUGUUACUGAUUGUAAAACAACAGAUAAAACUCCUAACAAAGGUUUUCAACAGUCAAAGGAUAAUACAACUGAAAUACCUGUUGGAGAGGCUUAUAAUGUUACUACAGAUUCAUCUGUUGAGAAAUCUCUCGGUAACUCAACAGAUAGAACUGUUGAGAAAAUUGCUGUCAACAAAACUCUUGGAAAGACAGAUAGUACUGGCAUUGAUAAAGCAGUGGCCCCGUCAGCUGAUGUAAUUGUCGGAGAAGAUGUUAUUAUGACUGAUAAAACUAUAAACGACUCUGAGGAGAAUGCUGUGGAUAUCGUAGUUAGCAAAACUGUUGAAGUUUGUAAAGAAAACAUUGCAGGUUGUCUAAGUGGCCAUACGGUAGAAAAAUUUGUAGCUGUUACCACAAACAAAACAAGUGAACUAAUAUCUGACAUUAAAACAGACAAACCAGUUGUACUGACUCAUUCAACAGACCAGAAUUUUAAAAAAGGUGUUAAAGGACCAGGCAGAACUAUUAGGGAUACAGUGGUUGUUGGUUCAGUGAAUGUUAUUGAAGACAAAAGUGUUGGGAUAAAUGUGGAAAUUAGUACAGACAGAGUUGUUGUGAAAGGUUUGGAUAAAACUGGCAGAAAAUCUGUGGAUGACAGUGCAGACACCACAACUGUUGAGGAACCUGUGAAUGCCAGCAUAAAUGAAGUUACUGAGAGACACGAGACUUAUAAAGAUAAUUUUAUUUCAGAUGAAACUUCAGAAAAAUCUGUUGUUUUCAAUUCAAGCAAAGCUGUACAAAUACCUGUGGAUUUCAGUUCAGACAAAACUCAUGUAAGACCUGUCCAUGCAGCUGAACACGUUACUGUUAAAUUGCCAGAUAGAAAUAAAACUGUUGGUAAAGCUGUCGAAAAAUCUUUUAGUUUUGCUACAGGAGUCACUGAGAUUACUGUUUGUAAAGGUGUUAAAACCACAAACAAAUAUGUUGGUGAAGUUAUUGAAGUCACUGAUAAGAGUGCUGACAAAGCUAUUGGAAGCUCUGAUAAAAGUGGGAUCAUAGAAACUGAAACAAGUGAUAAAAGUAUUGGUGAAAGUACUGAAACAACUGAAAAGACUCUGGGUAAAGAAAUCGAGGAAAGAGUUUGUAAAUCCGUUGACAACGUUGAUGGUUCUGUGCUUGUUGGUAUAGAUUCAGUUGCAAAUAAGACUGAUGUCAAAACUUUGUUUAAGACUGACAAAGUUGUUAUAAAAGCUGUGGAUGAAACUAAUGGAAAUGCUUUGGAUUUGACCGCUGAUAAAGUUGGUGUUAAAAUUGUGGGUGUUUGCCAUGAUAAAAUCAUAAAGGCUUGUUUGGAUGCUGCCGUUGGAUCUGAUAUAAAAUGUGUGAAUGAUACCUCUGAGAAGAAGUGCGGAGAUGCUGUGGAUAACACUGACACUGUAGUUAGGAAAGAUAAUGAUGGAAAUGAUCAUGAAACCAUUGAAAAAUCUGUGGAUCUAACUACAAACAAACCCAUGGAAAAGACUCUAAAUGUGGCUGCUGUUAAAUCUUUACUUAAAGCUCCAGAUGUUACUACUGAUAUAUCUCAUGGGAGAGAUGGUGCUAUUUGUGACAAAACUCUUGUAACAGUUACAGAUGUAAUGAAUGAUAAAACUGUUGGAAAAUCUAUUUUGGCCAGUGUCAGUGAAAGUUCACAAGUUAUGGAUGUCACAACUGCUCAAAUCUGUAAGAAAAACACAGAUAGUUCUGCUGGAAAAUUGUGUAAGAGUACUGUGCUUGAAAAGCUUGUAAGAAAUACUGUUGAUAUCACAAGCAAAACCACUGGAAGAUCUGUAGAUACAAUCUUGGAUGAACCCUUUGGAAAGAUAGGUGGUGCAGCUGACAGAAUUACUGCCAGUGAUGUUAACACCACAAAAACUGCUGAUGAAGCUGUUGUUGCGGAUAUGACUGUUGAUAAAUCUUCAGACAUUACAAACACCACAAUAGAAAAUGUUGCAAAUAUUACUUCUGAUAAAAGUGUUGGAAAACCUGUAGAUAUUCCUGUUGCCAAAGCAAGUGUUGAAAAAAUAGCCAGUGUUUGCAUUGAAGAGACCGCUGUAAAAGGUUCAUGUGAUAGCAUUGAUGCAUCGCGCGAGAAAGCAGCUUCAGAGAUUCUGCUUGAGAAACCUAUCAUAAAGACAGUACAAGAGAAUUUAAAAAGUGAGGCUUUAAGCUCUAUUAGUCUGAAGCCUUUAUUGAUGCAGGGAAGGGGCAGUUCAGGUAAUGUUCCUGGUAAACUCCUUCAUCAGGGGUUGAUUGGAUCUGGGAAAGGCAGAAGAAAAUCUGUGGAAAAUAUCACUAUGGGUAUCAUGAUGAGCAAACUUGCUGGAAAAAGUGGAUUGGAUUCCCAGACAAGAUUCUCAGGCCCAUUGCCAUCUGAUAACAAGGUACUUGACAGAAUUGCAGGUAGUCAAGCAGUAGACGUUCAGCCUUCUGAAAAACAAGAUAAAGAGCCUUGUGUUAUUCCAGAGAAAUCCAAACUUGGAUCUGAACCACCACUGAAAUCAGAACUCGCUCACAAACUAAGAACUGGUUUUAUUACAUUAACGCCAAUAGAAAAAUUGUUGGAAAAACCACCCAUCAAAUGUCAGGAUAUUUUAGAAGAGAAAGGGCCGUCAAUAUCACUGUCAGAGUCACCGGAAAUACCUUUCGUAUAUCCAGUUAGUGAGUCAGCUGCAGAAAGAUUAGUAGAUACAACCAUAAAGAAAAAUAUACCAGAAUUUGGCAUGGCACCAAUUCUGAAACAUUCAUUAGAACAGAAGUCACAGUCUCAUCCAGGAGCUGUACAGGCAUUGAAAAGGUCUGAUAGUUCAUACGGAGUGUUUGUUCCGGAUUUGCAGAUGACAAAGUCAGGUACAGGUAAUGCAGAAGGAGAAAAAACAGCCAUUCAGAAGGAUUCUGUUGUUCAAGAAAGUAAACAAAAAAGUAAUGUACCAAGUGUAUUGGAGGACAACUCUGAAAACAAAGCUGAGCCACAGAAAGAAGGUUUUCAUCCUCCAAUCCAGUCCAAUGAAAAGUUGAUGCAAACUUUGAGUGCAACUGUAAGUAUAACAGAAACAUCAUCACCACAAGUGAGUCUUUCAUCAUCAACAGUGGGAAACAAAAUGGAAGAUGUUACAAUUAGAUCAGAAGAUUUGAGUCCUUCUAAAUCUCAGUCAGCAUUUUCCAAAGUUUCUGAUGCUGCAUGUAAGCCAUUCCAAAACAAGGAAAAGGAUAAUAAAUCUGGAAGUUCAGAUGUUAAGAAACCAGUUGCAGAAGAAACGAAUAUUGAUGGCAUAGCAACGAUAUCUGCUACUCAUGAGUCUUCUUCUGUUACAGACAAAGUUGACACACAGGGAAGCGUUGUACCAAACGUUUUUCCAGAACCUAGCGACCAUGCAAAAGCAGAUGAUUCUUUGCCAAAAGAAAGGUCAUGUGUUAGCGAAGUUACUACUUUUCUAAAGGAAUCUGAAUGUGUAGAAUUAGAACCACUAAUUAAAUCACCAGAAGACACUGAGGUCGUGUUACCAGAAGUUGGUGUGAAGCAAGUUAUUAAGGAUUCUUCCGAAACACCCAGUGAAAAAUUGCCUGCGUCUGGAGAGAUUUAUGUGGAAGAUAUAGAUGAUAUAAGUAAAACAAAAGAAGUUGUAACAGAGAAGGAAUCAGAAAUUAACUAUGGAGUUAGUAUACAGGAUCUCACUUUUGAUUAUACACCACCAAAGAGUGAAGAGAGAGUAGAUGUUACUGUCAAAACCAGGUUACAGACCCGGCAGCAUGGGAAGAUGGCAAUAAAAUUACCUUCAGAAAAACCUAAGAAAGGUAAUAAGAAUUCAAAAUCUAUGCCAUUUUUGUCAUUGAAUGUGGAUUCCUCAAAGCAAGAGGAGGAGGUGUUAUAUAUUGCAGAGAGAGACCCCUUAGCAGGAGCAGAUGAUGAUGUUCCUCUGACAAGAUCGAGGACGACAAGGUCGAGCACUGCUUUAUUAGCUACAACUGAGAUUAAGAAACCACAACCACCUUCUAAAAAAGUGACCAAAGAUGAUGUUUCCAUUGACAAGUCAGUCAAGAGAGGAAAACCAGUUGGACAGAAACGUAGGAAUAGCCGCAGGCUAGAUUCCCAGUCUGAUGAUGAAGGUAUGGUUAUCGAAGGGCGAAGAAAGCGAAGUUUGGAAGAGGCAGAAACAGGUGAAGAUGCUGGCGGCAAAAGGAGAAAACUUAGAAACAAACGCACACCUGAUAUGCAGUUGCGACGAAGUAUUGAGGAACAGAAGCUUCUAGAGGGAGGAUACAGUAGCAGUGAUGAUGAUCAUGGUGGUGAUAUGCUGGUAGGCAUGGAAGGAGAAUCAUCAGAUGAAUCACAGUUCACAACAUCAACAGCAGAAGAGAUUACACCUCGUGGCAGGGGUAGGCCACCAGGCCGUGGACGUGGGAGAGGCAGGGGGCGUGGUAGAGGCAGAGGAGGAUUCACUUCACAAACUACUACUGACAGCCCUGCGGUUAGCAGUGAUGCCCAUUCUGACAUGAGCCACACGGAGUUACCUGUUAUUUCAGAAGUACCCAUGAAACCAAAAUCUGCUCCAAGGAAAACACGCCGAUUGCUUGGACUGGAUGUGGGAGUUGACAUUAUCUUGGAAGAGACGAGCAAAGAUGGUGGAGCUGGUCCUAGUUCUGGGAUGCCUAUACGUCAGUCUCGUCGUAUUGCACAAAUCAAAAUUAAGGAGGAGGCAGAGAGGAGGAAAUUGGAAGAAUUGACCCUUUCUGAACUGAAGGAACAGCAACGAAGGCGUAAACAUGAUGAAAAACAUGAGACUAAGGAAUCUAAGUCAGAUAAACGGAAGAGGAAAAAGAAAAUUGUUGAAAGUGAUGAGGACUACACUGCAGAGGAAGAGUUAGAAGAGCCAGCUACUUCAAAGAAAAAGAAAAAGAAAAGGAAGAAGCGGAAGAAGAAGUCUGGCAAAAGUUUCAGUGAUAAUCCUUGGCAGUCAACAUCUGGAUCUUCAAGUUCAUCAUUAGAGGAGGAGGAAGAACAGGAGCAGACAGAGGAGGAGGAAGAUGAGAGUAACUUGGUGUUCAAAUCAGACCAUGAGUUCUCUCCAGAGUCUGACUUAGAAAAUGAAGAUGCUGAGGUGCAGCCCCCACGCAGGGCUAGGACUGCACAGAAAGAAUCUGAUGGAGAGGAGACAGCAGAUGAUCAUGCUUGCCAGAAAUGUGGCAAAAGCGACCAUCCUGAGUGGAUUCUACUUUGUGACAAAUGCGAUUCAGGUUGGCAUGGUUCAUGUCUGCGCCCAGCAUUACUUGUCAUUCCGGAGGGGGAUUGGUUUUGCCCCCCCUGCGAGCAUGCAUUCCUAUUGACAAAUCUUCAGAAUAACUUGAAGGAAUUUGAUCGAGCCUUGAAACGACGCGAGAACGAAGAGUUGCGGCGUAAAAGGCUCGCAUAUGUGGGCAUAAGUUUGGACAAUGUACUUCCAAAUAAGGAAAAGGAAACUGGAGCUAGUGCUGGUGAAUCAGAUCAUGCCUCAAAGGCUCAGAAAUCAUCAUCAUCAUCAUCAUCAUCAUCAUCAUCUAGUUCAGAGUCAGGAUCAUCAUCAGGUGAUGAAUCAGAACCUCUGUAUCACUUGAGGGAAAGACGUCAGACCCUUUUCAGCUACCGCUUCAAUGAAUAUGAUGAUCUUAUAAAUUCAGCCAUUCAGGAUGAACUUGAAGCUGUAAAAGGAGCUGGAAAUCAAGGCAGAGGCAAAGACAUUGCUACAAUUAGCCAGGGUAACAAACUAGUUGUAAAAUUAACUGAUCAGGAGGAUGAGCAGGAAAAAGCAGCAGAAGUUGAAGAAGAGGAGGAGGAGGAAGAGGAAGAUGGCUAUAUUCCUCCAGUGAGAAAGUUUCUCGGUAGGAAGAAACAUCGACGCCUUAAUAGUCUUGAUAUCAGCAGUGAAGAUGAUGCUGACUCUGAUGAGGACUUCAAGGGAAGCAGUUCAGAGGAUGAAGAUGAAGAAGAAGAAGAAGAACUGGAAUUAGAUGAGAGUGAAGACUCAGAUGUGGCGGGUAGAAAUCGUCGCGGAGGCUCAGGUCGGCGCCGGAGGAAUGCAGAACCAGUUCGUCGUUCAACACGUGCUCGCAUUACACGCUUUGAUAAAGAAUUCAUUAAUGAUGACAGUGAUGAAAGUGUAGAGCCACGUCGUAAGAAGACUCGCCGAUUGUGGCAGGAAUCAGAUAGUGAGGAAAGUGAUUCAACAUGGGGACGAAAGAAAAGACGGAAACAGCACUUGGACAGCCACAAACCCAAAUCAAAGAAGAAAAAGAAGAAGAAACAUAUGAGAGAUCUGGAUGAUAAGAAUAAAUCUAAGACUCCAAGGAUAAAAUUUGGCGGCUUAGGUGUUGAUGAAGCUUCUUUGCCUCGAACACGUGGUAGGAAGAUCAACUAUCAGGAGAUUGCAGGUUCAGAGAGUGAAGAGGAAUUGAUGAAAGUUGUGACUAAGCGGCCAGAAAGUGAGGACGAAUAUGUAGCGAGUGAAGAGGAGCAGAUGAUGAUAGAAGAGGAAGAGGACGAAGAACCAGAAAUGGAAGAAGUGGAGGGAGAUGCAGAAGUAGAACCUGAACCUCUUACUGAACUUGAAGCUGAAGCCAGAGACCGAGGAGAAGCUAAAUCAGAAGCAGAGGAGGAAGAAGAAGAAGCACAGGUAGAAGAAGAACCAGUAAGAAAGGAACUAAAUAAUGAAUCAGCUGAAGACCUUCCAUCCAAAAUUGGAAAGAAGAAGAGAGAAAAGUCUGAAAAGAAGCCAAGGGCUGUGAAGAAGAAGAAAUCUGAAAAGAAACCAAAAGUUGAGAAGAAGAAAAAAUCUGAAAGGAAACCAAGGAAGUCCAAACCAACACAUACAAAGAAACAGGUCAUCCGAGAUGAUACUGAGGAUGAGGUGCAGGACUUUGAUGAAGAGUUUGAUGACCUGGAAGAAGGAGAAAUAAGGAUAAGAUCAGUGUUGCAUGAGAGACAAGAACUGAUGGAUGAAGAGCUUUUGGAAGAGGAGUUGUUGGAUGAGGAAAAGGAAAUGAAUGAUAUGCUGGAAGAAGAAUUGCUUGAGGAAGAGGUGUUAGAGGAGGAGGAAGAUGAAUUCUUGGCUAUGAAAGAAGCCUUUCAGCAGGCAGAUUUGGCCAAGCCUAAAGAGAAAAGGAGACAGAAGAGAGAAGCUAAGAAGCUUGAAAAGAAGGAAUACGAGAAGAGGGGUAAAAAGGCUAAGAAAUUGGAUGAAAUUGAAUCUUUACAGCCUGUUUUGUUAAGCACACCUAUAGACACAGAAUUGCCUGUUCACAAGAAUGCUGACAUUUUACCAGAAGUUUCAAAGAGUGUAGAGCCACUGCCAACAGUCCCACCUAUCAUUUUGCCAGUGAUUCCUGCAUCGUCACCUGCUCCACUAGUAUUACCACCAGCACCAGCAAAGAGGAAGGGGAGAGGUCGUGGGAAAGCUACACUUGCUGCAGCUGCAGCAGCAGCAGCUGCUGCUGCUGCCGAUUUAACUGCAGCUGUUGGUUUAGCAGGAAAGUUCACGGAUAAUGGUCAUAUGGGAUCAACAUCUCUGACUGGUGUAGGACCAUCACGUUUCCCAGGACCAAACCAACAGCAACCACAACUGCCUUUUUCUGCACAGCCCCCACAUUCAAGCAGCAGUGUUAUUACGCGAAUGUUACAGUCGCAGCCUGUUUCUGGAGGACCACAGAGCUUCACAGCUGCAGCCACAGCCAUGGGACACAAGUACUUUGGUGGUCCAGGCAGUGAUCAGCCACCAUUGGUAGGCCCAGGUUCGGGAAAUUCAGGACCUGUACCAGGUGUGGGAACUGGUCCUUCGGGUCGGAACAGUGUGGCUACAGCACAGUCGUACUCGAUUCCAGCUCGCGGCCGUAUCCCAUCACCAUACCGACAACCUCCACCUUUAACUAGCUCUCCCUCUGGCAGUCCAGGAAUCUGCUUGCCACAUUAUGCCAGUUCAAGAGGGUCUCCCAUCCGCCCACCACCAGGAUCUCUUCAGCAGACAACCAUGUCACCCUUACGGAUGAGAACUCCAGGCCCUGGGUCUCAGGGUCCUCAAAUGUAUCAUACAUCACACCAUCCUCUGGAUCCAUCUCCUUCUGGCGGAGGUCCAAUUGCAAUUGCACCGAACACUGCUGUUCGGCCUGGGGGAGAAGGCUCUCCAUUACAUCAACCACCAUCACAGAUUCCUCCAUCUGCUGGAAGCCCACUGGCUGGAAAACCUGGGCCAUCUCCUGCUUCCCACAGCACCCCACCUCCCCCACACUAUACACGAGCAGUUCCUCCUAUGCAUCAGCAAGUACCACCACCUCUUAUUAGAUUUCCUCUUCAGCCUGCAGAUGUAGUGGGACCUAAUGGGACUUCCCAGGGCCGACACCCUCAGACACAGUUCCAACCCUCUACAACAGCAGGAAGCCAUCUACAGCAAGCUCAGCCUUCUCCGCCUCCACAUCAGGGCAGGAGUCCUGCCCCUGGUAACUUCUCUCCAUACCACCCGCCUCCCCCACCCAGUUACCAUUAUGGUGCAUAUCCCCCUCCUCCACCUUUGGCAGCUGCAGAUGAUGCCCUCCCUCCAUCUGCCUACCAGGGUUCUCCUUACACGGAUCACUAUGCUUCCCCAGAUGCAACUCACAGUUUCCAGGCAUCAGAUGGUAGCAACAGUAAGUCAUAUGACGAGGAAGGGGGUGGCGAAUUUGGUGGCCUCGUGUCAUACUUCUCCAGCCAACGAGAAGAUGAUCUUGACACAUAGCAAGGUGAGACAGCGUGAUUUCUUUGAGUGAUGAAUUUGCUUGAACAAAUGAUUGUGACGGUGAACAGAGUUCGUGAUGUUCAUUAACUCCUUAAAACGUUUCCUUCUUAGUAAGUGUCUCAUAAAUAUGUUGAAAGUGCAGCUAAACAUCACACAUUUAUUCAUACAGUAAACUUUUAUUGAAGGUGUGGAAAAUAUGAAAGAAGUUUGUUUCGACAACUUACUGUGUUUUAUACGGAUAAAGUGUUUAUCAGCAUGUGAAAAGUUUUGGUCAUGUGAAAUGUAAAUAGGUGUAAAUAACAGUGAAUUAAAUGUACUAUAUGAUAUUAUAUAGUAACAUAUAUUUAAAAUGAAGUUUCAGCAUAAAAUAGUGUAAUAUGUUUUAAAUGACAAACUUGGAAUGUUCUAUUGUGGUGGAAAAAUAAUUUUUAUAAAAGUGGUAUAGAAACAGAAAUAUUUACAUAUUUUGUGUCGUAACAAGAAUGUUUAUUUUAUGUUUUUUUUUGAAGAACGCAUUUUAAAGGAUACUUUUUACCUUAACUGUGUUGUACGAGCACCCAAAGAUAUUAAUUUAACUUUUAAAUAACAAUUCUCCGUCAUUUCUGAGAUGAAUAGUUGGAACUUGUAAUUAACAGGCAAGUUCAGGGCUCAUCCUUCGUUCCUGGGUACGCUGCAGGUACUUUUUUAAAGAUAGUACAUAUUAAAAUGUUAAAUGUGGUGUUAGAAGUUACAGGCCUUAAUCUUGUAUAAAUUCUUAAUUCCUUGUGGCAUUUAUAAGGGGUGAGCUCUGGUAUGUUUCUUCCAAUUCAGAGUUGUCUGGUUUACAGAUAUUCUGUGUGUAAAAGUAAAAAUAUUUUAUUCUUUAUUCCUUUUCCCUCUGCUCAUUUUUUUUGCAUUGGUCUAUGAGGCUAUUUUUCUGCAUUACACUUAUUUCAGAACAUUUUAAAUAAAUCUUACAAGGAAUUGAAAUAAUUGAAGUUGAACAGCUGUAAUAUAAUUGCUUUAGUGUCUGUAUAAUCUACAAGAUUUAUUAUAGAUUUCAUAGUACUUAUGUGCUUCAUGAUUAGGAAUAUAUUUAAUUUGUCAGUAUGGAGCUUUCAAAACUGUCCUGUAUAAAUGUCACAUAUGUUAAUGGAUAUAACAAUGUCAAUGUUGUAAACAAAAUGUACCUAUUAAAUUCCAUGGGUGUUGAGAUGACUUGGGAAAA